CUAACCCCUUUGCUGCUUGCCAUAACAGUCGACGAGCCCUUGGAUUCCUUCUUUAUAUAGUACCCUCUCCCUCCCUCGCUUUCGGCUUCAUCUCCCCCAUCUCUCACUACUCAAUUCUCAAUUCAGUAUCGUCUCCUUCGUCAGUGAAUCAACAGGAGCGAGGAAAGAAUGCCUGCGGCAGGAUUGGUCUCCAAUGGCGGCAAGGAGUACCCGGGGGAACUCACGCCGUACGUGUUGGUGACAUGCAUAGUCGGGGCCAUGGGUGGUCUGAUCUUCGGCUACGACAUCGGAAUCUCUGGUGGGGUUACGUCGAUGCCGCCGUUCUUGAAGAAAUUUUUCCCAUCGGUGUACGAGACACAACAAGGGGAGAAGGUCACGAACCAGUACUGCCAGUACAACAGCGAGACCUUGACCCUGUUCACCUCGUCGCUCUACGUGGCGGCUCUCUUGUCGUCGCUGGUUGCUUCGACCGUGACGAGGAAGUUUGGGAGGAAGAUGUCCAUGUUCUUGGGCGGUAUUCUCUUCUGCGUCGGCGCUCUCCUCAAUGGGUUCGCCAAUGCCGUGUGGAUGCUCAUCGUUGGGCGCAUCCUCCUCGGUUUCGGUAUCGGAUUCGCCAAUCAGGCUGUGCCACUCUACCUCUCUGAGAUGGCCCCUUACAAGUACAGAGGUGCUCUCAACAUCGGCUUCCAAUUGUCCAUCACGGUCGGAAUCCUGGUGGCCAACAUCCUCAACUACUUCUUCGCGAAGAUCAAGGGCGGUUGGGGAUGGCGGCUGAGCCUCGGCGGAGCAGUGGUCCCUGCCCUCAUUGUUACCAUCGGGUCCCUUGUGCUCCCUGAUACCCCAAACUCGAUGAUCGAGCGGGGCGACCAGGAAAAGGCCAAGGCGGAGCUGAGGCGGAUCCGCGGCGUUGAGAACGUCGAUGAGGAGUUAAACGACCUGAUAGCAGCGAGCGUGCAAUCGAAGCGGGUGGAGCACCCUUGGAUGAAUCUCUUGCAGAGGAAGUACAGGCCUCAGCUCACCAUGUCAAUACUGAUUCCCUUCUUCCAGCAGUUAACCGGGAUCAAUGUCAUCAUGUUCUAUGCCCCUGUCCUGUUCAGCACCCUGGGGUUCGAGAGCGACGCCUCCCUCAUGUCCGCCGUGAUCACCGGGCUCGUAAAUGUCGCCGCCACGUGGGUCUCGAUCUACACCGUUGAUAAAUUGGGCAGGAGAAUCCUUUUCCUAGAGGGUGGAAUUCAAAUGCUGAUCUGCCAGAUUAUCAUUACAGCUGCAAUUGGUGCGAAAUUUGGAGUGAAUGGGACUCCGGGCGAGUUGCCCAAGUGGUAUGCGGGCGUUGUGGUGGCCUUCAUCUGCAUCUACGUCUCCGGGUUCGCUUGGUCGUGGGGGCCGCUCGGGUGGCUCGUGCCGAGUGAGAUCUUUCCCUUGGAGAUCCGGUCGGCCGCCCAGAGCAUAAACGUCUCGGUCAACAUGAUCUUCACGUUCCUCAUUGCUCAGGUCUUCCUCAACAUGCUCUGCCACAUGAAAUUCGGGCUGUUCUUGUUCUUCGCCUUCUUUGUGCUUGUCGCAUCCAUAUUCAUCUACUUCUUCUUGCCCGAGACGAAGGGCAUUCCGAUCGAAGAGAUGGGCACGGUGUGGAAGAAGCACUGGUACUGGGCUAGAUUCGUUGGCGAAGACGACUCUCCCAGUGGAGGGAUCGAGCUGGGUGGUGACGGACAGAACCCGAAACGGGUUUGAAUGAAGGAUUACUUGUGAUUUUGGACAACAUUUUGCAUUGUUUCUCGUUGUGAUCGUGGUGAACAUAAUCAUAAUUGCUUCAGAUGUCUUGAUGAUAAACUUUGUUCUGGAAUUUGCUUACGUGAACAGCCAGUUUCUGAUGUUUCCUGAAUAAAUCCUUCCACAAGUGGAAAGGAAAAUGUGUAAAGA